AUGACUGUAGGAGAGUUCAACGCUGCCCUACAGCAGACCACCUACAUUCCUGAAGCCUACGACGGUCGAAAACUUGAAGAUGUCGUCACUCUCGAAGUAGUUGGAGACAUCAAUUUCAGAAUCCAGUUCCCGGUGACAAUUGAAAGGACGAAACUGCCCGUUUUGACGCAGCGAAAAUCAAAUUCGAUCAAAGAUCGAGUUACCGUCAUCACGAAAACGUAUCUCCGGUACCCUUGCGUCGAUAGGUUAAUAAAAUCGAUCGCCGCCUUCUAUCCCGGAAUUACUGUGAUAGUCGCAGAUGACAAUCCAACAGAUCAUUUCCAGGAACUCAAGAACCCGCUGGUCACUGUUAAACAAUACAAAAUGCCGGCAAGAGAGGGCUGGUUCGCCGGAAGAGCUCUAGCACAGAGUCAAGUUCGCACGCAAUUCUACCUUUGGGUCGACGAUGAUUUCAUUUUUUCGGAAGAAACGAACUUGGAGUACAUGGUCGCAGUUGCUGAGAACACGGGCUAUGAUAUAAUCGGUGGAGCUUUAAAUGGUCAUGUAAUGGGCGGCUGGGCAAAAAAUGACUUUUUGGAUUUACAAAAAUCACCUGAUGGAUACUGUUUUGAUAGAAAGAAAUACAGUUCAUUUCAUUUGCCGGGCUAUGAGAAUGAAUGUCAAGUGGUCGAUAUUAUAGAAAACUUCUUCCUUGCUCGAACAACUACUGUUGGCAAAAUUCGUUUUGCGAUGAUUUGGUUGAUGGCAGCUUUGAACAAAACUCUUGAAAUUCACGAAGUUAAUCAGUCAGAAACAGUCGAGAGUAAAUAUGAAGAGAUUUAUUUCGAAAGAGAAGAGUAUUUUAAUCAAUUUAAUCUUCAAGAGCGCAAAAAUAUGUUGAUCGAUCUUUUUGAAAGUGACGACGACGAGAAAAUCAUCCGCCAAGGACUGACAAUAAUCAAGCACGAGAGUAAUCUUGAAAUUUGGAAAGCAAUUGCUUCUUGGAGAAACGAGUUUGUCUCCCGAGUAGAUGGAAAUUUAGCAAGCUUGGUUGAUGAAAAUCUUCAAAUUUCGAUAAAAGAAGCGUAUUCGAAUCUGGUUUGGUACACUAGAACGGAUCUUUCUGAUGAUGAGGCAAUCGUUGCAGAUCUUGCAUGCGUGGUUAGAAAUCAAGCUUGUCUAAAAGACGUAGAAAAGAAAUACCAAGCAGCAGUUGAGAACAAAGGCUACAUUUUCAACGAAAACGAGGACUUUCUCAUUCGAAGACAUUUCUCAGCUGUUCUUGAUCGAAACGAACUGGACACAAAAAAGCUUUUCAGUUUUAUAGACGAGAAAGAGUUCGAUCCUCCUCUUGCCAUUCAAGGGCCUAAAGUUGUGAUAAUGGGAAUACUUGCGACAUUCUUUCAAAAACUGAACGAAACUGAAAAAUGCACUCAAAUAAGUGGAAUGCUGACAACAUCAUCUGGGACCAUUGCUGUUUAUGAAGCUUCUUAUCUCACGUUUGCCCUUGCGAUAAAAUGCGAUAUCAACCUAGCAAGAUUCUCUAAUGAAAAAACCGAAGAAAUUCUCAUGACUAACAAUUCCAGGUUUAGUUGGCAGAUUCUUGAGAAAAUCGAAGAGCAGAAGGAAUACAGCGACCACUUGAAAACGCUUUUUCUUCAUUCAAAAGCUCAUCUCAUGCCGCUGAACGAUUAG